GAGGGGGCCCAGAGGGGUGGACACCUGCCCUCCAUCCCCUUCCCAUCCACGCACAAGGGCAGUGCACCUCCAGCUUUUCUUCAGAGGUGCUCAGAGAGGACCUCUCCCACCACCCCUUGCUUGAGGGGGGUCCAGUCCCAUGUCCCUCAAGCCACACAGCCUGUGUGACCACCCAGCAGUGGUCUCUCCUCUUUCCCUGCCCUGACUAGCACCCACACUGCAAGGCUAGAGCCUGUAAGGGCAGGCUGCUGGGCUGGAGGGCCUUGCCUUGGGCUGAGCCUUGUGAGUCACCCCCAGCCUUGCUGACCCACAGUUGCUACCCCACGGCACCCAACAGGCUGGGCUGCCCAGCCUUCCCCAGCAUGCCUUCUGCCCUGGAGCAGCACCAUAUGGGCAGAAAUGAAUCUCCCACUGGGAGAGCCCCUGCCUGAUGCCAUCUCUCUGUGCCCUUGCUGGGGCAGCUGCUGACCUGCUGGGUUUUUUGAAGGGACAAUGUUUCCCUUGCACUCUUUGAGAUGACUACUGGCUCCAGCAUUGGGCGACUUGUUUUCUCCCACAAAGGUGGCUGAACUUUUCCCAUUGCCAUCCCUUGUCCCUGCUCCUGGUCACAUCCACUCUCCCAUGGUGACACCCAGGCUCCCUGGCCUUGUCCUACACAUGCCCAUAGCUGGAGGAUUUGUCAGGCCUUUGCAUCAGAACCUUGAGUGCUUCAAACCCCCCGUGUGCAGGAGGGUACUGGGCACACCCUGACAUCUGCUGAGGCUUUGCAGGGUCCUCCCACAACAUGUGGCACUCACCUUUGGGCAUGAACUAGCCAAACCCUUGUGCUACUCCAGCUUCAGCCUCUGUCAGCACCCAGAAGAAUGAGGCAGUGACCAUGGUGGACUUCUUUCUUCUUAUCCCAGCCCUUCCAGGGUCUGGACAUGGCUUUAGGACCAUCACCUCUGCAGGUGAAUGCUCCCUCCAUCCCCCCAGUACCUGCAGCACAAGUUUGGGCAGCUCCUGCUCACACCAGCCUGGCCUCAGCAUGACGCUGCAGCUAGCAGGUCCAUGGGUUGGUGCAAUGCCAUGCCAAAGCCUCUAUCCUUUAGGCAGCUUCCCAGCUGUUUGCAUGCCGUCCUUGCCAAGGAGAUGUAAGGAGGAGGGAGGGGAAUGGGGUCCCCCUUCUCUUCCCAACCCAUGGCAUUUCCUGCUGCCUCAGUGCCCCGGCUGCUGCUCAGCGGCCAAGCCCUGGCUGUGCCCCCCAGGGCAGUGACUUGCUGCUUACUCAGCACACCUCCAUGGGCUCCUGCUCUGGUUCCACACCCAGCUGCCCUGUUAGUGGCAGCACUCAUGCAUGGCCUGGGUGAGGGGCUGAGUGUCCACCACAUGCCUGCAUGGGCUCUAGGAAAGCUGGGUGGGUGAAAAUUCAUUUGGGGGUUCCCCUUGCCCUGUUUGCACAGCUUGGAAAGAGAUGGGCUCCCUUUGGGUUUGACUUGUAGGCUGUCCCGCAGUGUGACAUCAUUGUGUGGGGUGUGAGGUGGCCUGUGUCCCCAGGGAUGGAGGUCAGUUGUCCAGGGCUGUCACCCUGAAGUUCUUACCUCUCCAGGUGGGUGCAGAAUUACCUGUGGGCUCAGAGUGAUGACCUGUGUACCCUAGUACCUACAUCACCCUGCUGAAGGCUUCCAGAGGCUGGGAUAGAGACCCGUAUGCGAGGCAAGACACAGCCUUACUACCGUAGAGCAGAGUCCCCCUGCCCCACAGGAGUGCCCAGGCAGCAGCACUCAAUGGAGGCAGGCCUGUCAGAUCCCACAUGGAGCUGGCAUGGCCCAACCACUGCUCUCCUGCAGGUGUGACUUCUGGAAGCUGACUAUCCUUCUCCCCACUGCCUAGUUCUACCAGCCUCACUGCCUUGGCUUCCUGCAAACCAGGACCUUGCUGGAUCCCCUCCAUAAUGAUCUGCUGGCAGGGGCCAGAAGUCCUGCUCCACAUCAUCCCAAUGCCCAAUGCUUAAGGAGAAGAUGGUGACUUGGCCCAGGCUCCUUGGUUCAUGAUUUUGGCUGGGAAUGAGACUGGGACAUGCUGAAAGCCUCAUGACCAUGAGCUGAGCUGUGAAAAAAUGGUGAUUGUGGCUCUUGGGAACCCCCGUCUCCGUUGCAGCAUGCACAGCAUCCAGAGCAAAGGGGUUGCAUCAGAAGCCCCUGUGACUCCUGUUUGAAGUGCAUCACUGGGACUGGGCUCAGGCUGUGGCUGUGGCAGCCUAAGGGGUGACAGCAGCAGGUGGGCAGAGGUUUGCAGCCCUUUUUCUGUGCCUCAGUCUCCCCUUUCAGCAAUGGGGGUUGUUUCCCUUACACAGGGCUGCUGGGAUAGUGGGGCUCACCAUUCCAUUGGCUUUCGAGGCAAGCCAGAGCCCCCCAGCAGCCAGUCUGGCAGCCAGCAAAGGGCACCAGGGGCAGGUGGCAGGGAUGCUGCUGUGCUGCUGAGCCUGGCUGGGGGCUCCCAGGCAGGAGGUGGCAGGGGGCCGGGGUGCCCCAGGCAAGUUGCGGGGAGCCGGGCUGGCGACCCUGUUCCUUCACCAGGGCAGGGGGAGGAGUGCCCGGCAGCAGAGGUGGGGCACCUUAAUUGUAGAUGCGGGAGGCCUUGGAGCGGGACAAGCUCAGGCAGAUCUGGGCCCUGCGCUGGAGCCCUUGCCAAAGUGGUAGCAGUUUGGCAGCAUUUUUCUUGCCCUUGUCUCCCCCCAUUCUCCCCCCCCUCUAAACCCUCUAAAGCAAAACAGCUCUUGGGCUCCCGGCAGCCUCCCUGUGCCAGAAAGUGGAGCCCAGCGGAAAUUAAUAUCGCUUGGGACUUAGGCAGCCCACCCCACGCCUCGCCGGCAGGGACAGAAAGCUGCUGCAUUCUCCCGCCAGCCUCACUGCUGCCUGGACCAUGGGUGGGGACCCCCGUGGUGCCGGUGAGCCGCCCAUCACCCCCAGACCCGCAGGGCUGAGCUCUCCUUCCUGGACUGAUCCAGCGGGCUGGGGUGAGCCACAGUUCAGUAUUUGAUCUGACGGCCCCGGGGGGCUGGCGCAUCAUUUUUAUAUGAGUACAAAGAGUCGUCUCUUAAUGAAAGUCCCAUCCCGACUCCCCCUCUUCCCCACUCCACCGGCGGAGGCAGCCAAACCUCCGCCAUCCUGCUGUGGUCACAAAGGACAGCAAGCUUGGAGACCAACAUGGAGGCUCGGAUCCCUCUGUGGUCAUCACGGGAUGGGUCUGGACAGAUUUUCUGGUCACUUUCCAUGUGGGCCUCAGUUUCCCCAUCUAUGGAGGACAGGCAAGCUCUGGGAUGCUUCCCCAGCUGCCCCAUCCCUUUGCAGAGGUCCAUGUGAAUCAUGCAGCAAAGGGAAACUGAGCUGCCGGGAGCAAAGGGAGAUGGGUUCUCCCCGGCAGGAGCGUGGGCUUGCCUCAGUUUCCCUGCUGGAAGUUCCCUUUCCGGGCUGUGCCUCUGUGUUGAGUGUUUAACCUUUAAACCUCCAGCCAAAGCAUAAGGGCUCCUUUUCCAGACUCUGCAAGAGGGCACGUCCUCUCCUAGCCCAGCUGGGGUCUGGUAGGCAGGAGAUCCAGGCAGCAGGGGAGCUGACAUCAAUCAAGGGGAUCCUGGCAGGGCUUUGAGCUUCAAACAAGGGGCUUGGAGGGAGUUUGCACUGGGGACAGGAUUGCAAGCAGAAUACUGCAGCCUGGUGUCCCCAACACAGCCCCCCAGCUGCACAAGAGUGAAAAGGAAACCCAGAACACAGUUAAACACUGAGAUUCAGCUUGCGAUUUUUGAGCCUCUGGGGCUUGGCCAGACUAUAAAGCUCUGGGUUUGGAAGCUGUGCAGCUGAUGCUCUCCAGUGAGUGGGGCUGAAGGCAGCAUGGGCCGCCCAAGCACUGCUCCCCAGGGAAUCCCAGGGAAUGUAACCUCUCAAUCAUCAGGCAUGUCCUGAUCCUGGGGUAUGCUGGGUCCAGCCCUGAGCUUCUGUGGGCAUCCAUGGCCGUGAAAAUCAUGUUGUUGAGCAGGAUGAGCUCUGAGCCCAUAGGAGCAGUGCUGGAGGCAGGGGUGGGCUGAGUUUAGGGUGUGCUAAAUUGGUGUGGCCCAUGGCUCUGGAGUUGCCCAUGGCAGAGCUAGAUAGAGCACGGCCUGUGCCAGCACGAGGCAGGGUGCUGCAGGCUGCGCAGCUGUGCGGGCUGUGCCGUGCAGGGCACUCCGGGCAAAAUGUGUGGGGAAAGUACAGGAGUUUCUGUAGCCCAUGGCACACUGGGGAGCACAGCAGCGUGCUCAGACUUUGCCUUCAGGGCCAGGGAGUCAGGCACCUCACACCAGCUGUACUGGCAAGGAGUUGCUGCCUCUGACGUGGGCCCAGCCAAGACUUGCCCUCCCUCGCUGGCAUUGGCAAAGCUGGCAAUGCCACCUGCAUCCCUCCCUUGCACUCCCGCACCCGCCCAUGGCUCCGUUCCCUGGAGUCAGUGCCUGGAUUUGGGGAGGUGAGUACAGGAUCCUGGCCAGCAGCCGAGGGGCUUUAUCAGAAGCAAGGUCACUCUUCUAGUCUCCCACGGGGUAAAGCAGCGAGAACCCGUGGAGAGGGGGAGACACACCAAGAUUGCUGGCUGGGCUCCUUGUUGUGUCCACAGCUCUGGGAGAUGCAGCUGCAUCGGGCAUCAGACACAUGGCAAUGCCAGGGCUGGGUUAGGUCAGUGCCAGCCGCAAAGAGCAGAUGCUGAGUAGCACAAUAUUUCUGCCAUCUCCCUUGGGGACAACGCCAUCACCCCCAUGGUUGUGCCCAAGGAUGUAGAGUGGUAUGUGCCAUCAUACCACUGUCCCACGGUAGGAGAUCCCCCAAUUCCCCGGUGGAUGGACAUGGCAAGGUAUUGCGUGGGAGAGCCACCCAUACCUAUUGUCCUAUCCCCACUGCAUUUGUCUCUCUGUCCCCUUGUUACCCUGGCUCAGCAUGGAGCUGGCACUGCCCCGCAGCCUUGCUCCAUCCCUGGGAGUAGGUCUGGUCAUGUCCCAUCCACACUCUGGUCUCUGCUGGGCUUGGGUGCUGGUUUUGCUCUGCUCGCUGUCCCCUCCUGCAGGGCAGUGGGGAGCCCCCUGGUCAUGGACCCCAACAGCAUCUGCCGCAAGACGAAGCGGCUGGCGGGGAAGCAGGCAGAGCUGUGCCAGCUGGAGCCAGAGAUUGUGCAGGAGGUGGCCAAGGGCACCAAGCUGGGCGUCCGGGAGUGCCAGUACCAAUUCCGCUUCCGCCGCUGGAACUGCACCAGCCACAGCAAGUACUUCGGCAAGAUCCUGCAGCAGGAUAUCCGUGAAACAGCCUUCGUGUACGCCAUCACGGCAGCUGGAGUGAGCCACGCCAUCACGCAGGCCUGCAGCAUGGGCGAGCUGCUGCAGUGUGGCUGUGAGCUGACACGGAGCCGGGCCCCCCCCUCACCCACCGCGGGGCCGGGCACGGAGGGCACCGCCUGGGAGUGGGGGGGCUGUGGGGAUGAUGUGCAGUUUGGCUACGAGAAGUCCCAGCAGUUCAUGGACGCAAAGAACAAGAAAGGCAAAAAUGACAUCCGAGCUCUUAUCGACCUGCACAACAACGAAGCCGGGCGCUUGGCGGUGCGCAGCUACAUGAGGACAGAGUGCAAAUGCCACGGGCUCUCGGGAUCCUGCACGCUGCGGACCUGCUGGAGGAAGAUGCCCCAUUUCCGCGAGGUGGGGGAUCGCCUGCUCGAGCGCUUCAAUGGGGCUUUCAAGGUGAUGGGAGGCAACGACGGGAAAACCCUCAUCCCUGUGGGUGACAACAUCAAGCCUCCCGAUAAACAGGACCUCAUCUACUCGGCCGACUCACCUGACUUCUGCUCGGCUAAUCGUAAGACGGGCUCACUGGGUACCCGGGGCCGUGUCUGCAACAGCACGGCCAUGGACACGAGCGGCUGCGACCUGCUGUGCUGCGGGAGAGGGCACCGGGACGAGACGGUGGUGCUGGAGGAGAACUGCCUUUGCCGCUUCCACUGGUGCUGCGUGGUGCAGUGCCGCAAGUGCUCCGUCCGUCAGGAGCUCAGCCUCUGCAUCUGACAGCCUGGGGUCAGGCGAGGACAAUUUGGGAGGCCACCUCCUGGCUCUCAAGGCCCCCCUGGGACAGAGACAGGUGGAGCCGGUGGCAGGGUCAGCGUGGGUGAGCUCAGCUCUGCGCUCCGGGGAGUCUUGCCUUCCCCAGAGGGCAGCACGGGGUUGCCUGGCAUCCCCAUGGUCCCCGUGGCACAGAGCUUCCACUAAUAAAGCUAUUUAAAGCCGUAUGCCACAGAGCUUCCUGGGGAGGGCUGAGAAGUGCUGACCACCAUACUGGAAUGGGAUGAGCCAGAGAGCUGCCUUGCCCCAGCUGUGAGUCCCAAUCAGUCGCACUCCUGCCAGCCCCUAGCCCUGCUGGGACCUGUGGCAAAGUCCAGCUUAUUUUUUAUCUACCCUCUGUUUUUCUCUGUGGUUGUCAAGCCUGGAAAUAUGUGUGGAUGAGGGAGAGUACUCUUCUGCCCUGCUCUGCUGCUUCCAGUGUGUGAGUGCUCUCCUCCCAUCACGCACAGCUGUCAUUGCUUGGGGUGCCUGUUUGUGUCCCGCCACCAUCUGACCUGGGAUGCUUGCAGUCCAUGGUGCCUCCACUCAUGCCUCAUGCCAGAGGUACAUCUAGCUGCUCUAACACUGUGCUGUUGUGCUCUGACUUUCCCAAGGGGACCCUCUAUUCUUUACACUCCAGCUAUGUCACUGCAGUCCCCGCUGCAGAGCCUGGCACACAGAAGCCCUGGACAGCGCUGACACUGUUGGCUUGGUGGCAUGCAAGGCAUUCACUUGGCAUGCCAUGGGCCACGUGCAACCCCACCUGGGUGGCAGGGUGCCAGGCAUGUAUGUCUUUAUAACCUGAUCAGCCUGUGCCCCUCAUGGACAAACACAGGGUGAGGAGCAGCCUGCCUGGCUGCCCAGCAAGGCAAGCUGCCAAGCCCCUGUUCCAGGGGCUCCAGGAAUCUCUGAGGGGGUCCCUCCCAUGCUGCAAGGACCCAAAGGAACUGGUUUCUCCAGGGUUACCCAGCAUAGGGGUUUAGGUAACUGCAGAGUGGAAUGUGUGUUUGCAGUGCCUGCUCAGCUGGCAAUGCCCCAAUGGGCUGAGGACCCCCAGAGGGAUGUCAGUAGGGUGAGAGCCUGGGCAGAGAGGUCCACACUCCUGUGCCUGCCCUCUGCCUUGCAGCAGUGCUGGACACUGGGGGCUUUCCUGUACGCCCCUCUUCAAGAGAGCUCUAAGCUGAGGUAGCUGAAGUGGGCAAUGCCUCAUGCGUGGGUACUGCCAGGCAGGGUAAAAGCAGAGCUCACAGUGCUGGGCACACUGCAAGGCAAGGGAGGCUGCAUGAGGUGCUGGAGAUGUCCACCAGUGUGUCCUUCCUCACCUGCCCCACCCCAGGCAGCCAGCAGGGAAGGGCAGGAGAAGCAGGGUGCUGGUGAACCAUUAACUUAACCCAGCAGUCAUUAGGGAGGAAGUCUCUAAAUCUGUUAGCUGCAGCUUUGCAGCUGGAAAUUCCCUUCUGACUUGGCCACAGUGGUGCUGGGAGAAGGGAGGCACACAGGACUCCUGGGGACUCCUGUCCCCACACCCACCCACAGGAACACAUGGGUGGGUGUGAGCAGGGUAGGGUGGGUGCUGGUGAAGGUACCUGUGCAUGCAAGCAGCUUGCUGUGUGUGCAUGCACAGGUAGCAUGUUUAUGUUUGUUCAUAUGUGUGCAUGUGAGCUUGUAUAACCCAUCACUGUGUGUGUGAGCCCCUCGUGGGUAUGUAAAUAAGUUGGCCUGUGUGUGUUUUCCUGCAUCUCUAUGAAUACACAGCAAAUCACCACUUUGUGUGACAGUGACACUGUCCCACGUGUGCCUAUGUGA